GCAUCCAUCAAGGAGGGAUAUUUGUUAAAGCAGACCUGGUCGUUUCAAAGAUGGAGGAGAAGGUACUUCAAACUGAAAGGACGCAAAUUAUACUACGCCAAAGAUACAAAGGGAAGUUGUGGAAACAAGUCAAACAGAAAAUUUCUCGGGAAUAUAGACUGAUGUCUUGUAAUUGCUGCAAAUGUUGGAGAUUAACCACAAAAACCUCAAUAAGCCCGACGAGGAGCGCCGCGACGCUACCGACGUCCCGAUUUCAGUCCCAACGACGCCGCUGCACGGAACGGACGCGCGAUAGAUGCUCCACUUCAUACCGCAACGUAUUCUCAAUACAUGCACGUGUGAACACGUCCCGCAGGGGACGGCACGUCUUGUUGCACCCAAACAGCAAGCAGGUGCUUGAUUUCGAUAAAUCGACGAGAGCAGGCUGUGAUUUUCGAUGAAAUCGAACUCACCGACCUGUGCCUAGCCGAGUGUUCAACCAAAAACGUCAAUCACAGUUUUCAGGUGAUCACCCCGUUCAGAUCCCUGGUGCUGUGCGCCGAGUCCCGCCGUGAAAUGGAGGACUGGCUCAGCGCCCUCACUGCCGCCUCCCAGCGCCGCUUCCACGAGCCCGACCAACCAGACUGCCUUUCCGGCUACCAUCACUGGUACGCCACGUCCCAUGCUCGCCCUACCUACUGCAACGUGUGCCGGGAGGCCCUCAGCGGCGUCACCAGCCACGGCCUCUCCUGCGAGGUCUGCAAGUGCAAGGUGCACAAGCGAUGCGCCGCCAAAGCCAUCAACAACUGCAAGUGGACGACGCUGGCCUCGGUCGGGAAAGACAUCGUCGAGGACACCGACGGGAAUAUAACAAUGCCGCAUCAGUGGAUGGAGGGAAAUUUGCCAGUUUCUGCCAAAUGCGCUGUUUGUGAUAAAACUUGCGGUUCAGUACUUAGAUUACAAGAUUGGCGGUGUCUGUGGUGUCGCGCCACAGUUCACACCCAGUGCAGACCCACCCUGCCUCCGUCGUGUCCGUUGGGUCCGGCGAGGGUGAGUGUGGUGCCGCCCACGGCCCUGCACGCCAUCCACGACGAGGCCUGGGAAGUCGUCAGACCGCAAGCUUCUUCACCCCUGCUAGUCUUCGUAAAUUCCAAGUCAGGUGAUAAUCAAGGCGUAAAGUUUCUGCGAAGGUUCAAACAAUUACUCAAUCCCGCACAAGUUUUCGAUCUCAUUUCGACCGGGCCCAGAUUAGGUUUAAGACUUUUUCGACACUUCGAUCCCUUUCGCAUUUUGGUCUGCAGUGGGGACGGGUCUGUGGGAUGGGUGCUGUCCGAGAUUGACAAGCUCGACAUGCACAAACAGUGCCAGGUGGCGGUGCUUCCCUUGGGCACAGGCAACGACCUGGCCCGUGUCCUGGGCUGGGGUUCAUCCUGCGACGACGACACCCACUUGCCACAGCUGUUGGAAAAAUACGAGAAAGCCGGAACUAAGAUGCUCGAUCGUUGGUCAAUAAUGGCCUUCGAGCGCACCAUAGCCAUGCCUAAGCUGUCCCUAACCCCAGGUCAACCCGAAGGUCAAUUACACACCCAAAUCACCCAAUACGAAGACUCCCUGGUUACCCACCUGCAAAACAUCCUCCAAUCCGACGAAACUUCAGUGAUUCUGAACUCAGCAAAGCGAUUAUGCGAAACGGUGAAGGAGUUUGCUACCCAACUUUCGGACAGUUCUCUGACACGAGGUGACGAGCAGUUGGGCAAAAAGUGUGAUAUUUUACAACAGAAGUUAGAUUUAUUAUUAGCUACGUUAACCAGCGAACAAUUAGAUGCGGCACACUUAGACGAUGCCAAAACGAAACAAGAAGAUACCGACAGCGAAGUGUCUUUCGAUAAAGCCAAAACGGAAAAAAGCGAAAAAGAUUUGAGCAAUUUUAACUUUAGGAAACACAGACGCACUUCCAGAUUUAUGGAGCGUGAGAAGGAUGCUCUCAUGUUAAGGGCCAACAGUCUCAAAAGGGCAAUACGUAAUCUGGUGGAGCACACGGAGCAAGUGGUGGAUGAGCAAAACAGACAAGCUUCAUCCAGUUUACCAACGGUGAAAAUCUCUCUAAGUACUGAUUUGGAUAAGGAAGAAUCGGCCAAAAUGGACUCUCUUAAAGUGCUACCGACGAUUGAAUCUGGGUCUAGCACCGACGUCAGCUCUUGCCCAUCACCCACUAGCUCCAUUCUUACAGCCAGGUUAGCCAACAUAUCACCAAUGCCCGAUGUUAGGAGAGACUCAACAGUCGAAGAUCCUGAUCUUUUGACCACCCUGCCAGUUCCACCGGAUUUUGCAGACAGUCGGAGGUCCAGUCAAGUCCAACCAAGCAGUAUGGUGGACAUUGCAACGGAGAAAAUCUUGCGUGAAACUUGCUCAACACUGAUAUCCAUAGGCAAUCUAAAAACCAACGAACCGGAGGUAAGUCAUGACAAACAACGACGCGAAAGUACAAAGUACGACGAAGAAGAGAAAGAGUGCAGUAGCAUCCUAUCUGCGAUUUCUAACGAAGAAGUUAGCAUAACAUCGGAAAUCCUGGACCAGAAAUCGUUUUGUCCCCGAAAAAACAGCGACGGGGAAGAUUUAAACGGCCAUAUCUGCCACAUAGACUCGCCAGAAACGGACACUUAUCCCAAUUCGGACGCCCUGCAUGGAGAGUCCCUCAUGGACGACAUAAGCUCGAUGUUGGGAGAAGUGAUGUACGGCUACGACCAAGACAGCAUCGAGAACACCUACACUGACGAUACCACGCUUUUCACAAACGACAUGGCUGAUUUGAAACUUGAGAGAAGAAUGAGUGCGAAGAGGGACUCCCUGGACAAGAAACGAAGAAGCUCCAGAAGCAAACUGGACGAAGACACGCAAUUUGGAUUUGAAAAUCGUGCCUUUAUGUCACAACAUGUAUACCUAGAUAAUAAAGUAGAAUCUGAACCGACGAGGUACUGCAGUUUGGCCCAAUUCGUUGAAGGUAACGACAUAGCAAGGAGGUCGUUCAAGAGGCGAUCGACCAAAAUGUCAAAGACCGAAGCAAAUGUCACCAGACAAAGCACUCUGCUUGAGGAAAGUGAAAUAACGCCAGUUGGGUCAUUCAAUAACUUGAACAAACUGGAGAAGGAGUUGUCAAACGUGUCCACCUCGACCCUCAAAGCCCUGGAGCUGGACAAGGAAACGGAAGAGGAAGCGCCAAAAAAGAACAAAGAGGAUGCUCUCGAGAAGUUGAAAGCUGAAAUGUGUGUCUUCCCGCAAGUGAGCGUAAUAGUGGAGCCCCCUUCACCCGUCUUGACUGAAGAGAUUCGAACCGAACGCAUGGUGAAACUAGGUGUUGAAAUUGAGAUAGAUUCUGGUUCUGACUUGGAUUUGCGUAAAUCCGACAAGCUAUCGACUGAUGUCACCACCAGCAAUAACAGUUCCAGUUCGAAUUUGCUUGGAAUUGACAACGAGCAAUUUAUGACGCGAUCACCUGCAGCAACACGCAGGAUUUCCUGCUGCAGUAUGUUAAAUCCUGCUGAAGCUGCGGCUCUGGCAGCUGCAGCUGCAACGACCAGUUUCUACACCGACGCGGAAAAGAAGGAGAAAAAGGAUGAGCGGGAGAAGGAAAACAGGAAGCUGCCAAUCAUCAAUCCACUAGUGCGACUACCAACAUGGCCAAAUGUGAGCACGGGAAGUGGUUUCAUUAGCAAAUGUCUUCUAGCUAAUGCUGACACCCUUUGCGCAGCAGUAAGUCCCCUAAUUGACCCUGAUGAAACACUACUAGAAGGUUUCUACGAACGCUGCGUCAUGAACAACUAUUUCGGUAUCGGAAUCGACGCCAAAAUCUCGCUUGAUUUCCACCACAAACGCGAGGAACAUCCCGAAAAGUGCAGGUCGAGAGCUAAAAACUACAUGUGGUACGGGGUUUUGGGGAGCAAAGAGUGGCUCCAGAAAACGUACAAAAAUCUAGAACAAAGGGUCCAACUGGAGUGUGACGGGCAGAGAAUACCCUUGCCCAGUCUUCAGGGAAUCGUCAUACUCAAUAUACCAAGUUUCAUGGGCGGCAUCAAUUUUUGGGGCGGCCACAAAGAAGACCACAUUUUCCUCCCACCGUCAUUCGACGACAAAAUCCUGGAAGUGGUUGCAGUUUUCGGUUCGGUCCAAAUGGCAGCUUCGCGUCUCAUCAACUUGCAACAUCACCGAAUCGCCCAAUGCCAGAGCAUCCAGAUCAACAUCUUGGGCGAAGAAGGCGUCCCCAUUCAAGUAGACGGCGAAGCCUGGAUCCAGCCUCCAGGCAUCAUCCGAAUCCUCCACAAAAACCGAAUGCAGAUGCUUUGCAGAAACCGGGCCUUGGAGAACUCCCUCAAAUCAUGGGAGGAAAAGCAGAGACAGAGCAUAGCCGCCCAGGGCAAGCAAAGACAUUCCAUUUCGCACGAUAAAGGCCGCCACAGCUUCACUCGCCAAAGUAUGCCAAGCCAUGAAAAGUCGUUUUUGGGAGUCAAUUUCGAAAAAAUUCGCCAGCAUUCGUUCAGCGGUGCCGUUCCGGUACAUCACCACGAAAAAACUGUCACUUUUGUCGAAAAACCCAUCACUCCAAUCGAACCGGAUAUCUUGUUCACCGACGAAGAGCAUCACUUGCUGCUUAGUUUCAUCGAAUGUGUGACUACUUUGACCAAAUGGAUUAAAAUCCUAGCUAUUAGUCAUUCGCUAGAAGCCGAUUUGUAUUCACUAGCAGCGAAAUGUGACACUUGUCUUGAAAAUAUACACCCGAAUGGGAAAAUACUCGAAGGGCCUACGCUACGAACUGAAUUUACUAAACUGGUCACUGCUGUUAAACAACUGUAUGAAGAGAGUUGCUGUCUUUUGCACGAUAGAGGCGAUAAGUUGAAACUGCGCGAAGAUUUAGAAAAUAAGCUAAGUGCCAGUUUAGCCAACACAGAGAUGGAAUUAAGGAAGUGUGUGAUGUACGACAAACCGCAGGGAAGUCUGGUUUAUCUACAACCAGUGCAAGGCGACCAGUCUGAGCAUAAACGCAAGGGCCUCUUCUGGCUGAAGUUCCGUACAAAGGGCGCAAGUUCGAGCCAGCAGCAAGGCGGGAAGAAGACGAGCCGUGAAGUGGCAUCGUGGGGUACGCAAGAGGUGGCAACUUGGUUAGAAACUCUACAACUGUCCGAAUACAUCGACAGUUUUGUUAAGAACGACAUACGAGGCCGCGAGCUUCUGACAUUGGCAAGGAGGGAUUUGAAAGACUUAGGCGUGACUAAAGUAGGACAUGUUAAAAGAAUACUGCAAGCCAUUAAGGAUUUGACCCAAGGUUUAUAAAUUCCAAAUGCACUGACCAACUUAUUUGAUCAAAAACGUUGGGUUGAGAAACGGUUCGGGGCCAGUUUUAUGAAACUAGUGUUGGUCAUUGCAUUCCAAUGUGUUAAUUUUCGGCGUUUAAAAUGGUACCACCCCGUAUAAAUGUACUCAUCGUUGACCGAUAUUAGUUAUUGAUAUGAGAAAUUGCUGUGAUUUCCAGAAUAUAUGUAUAUAAAAGUUAUUCUAGUUAGGUGUAAUGUACGUUCGUUCAUCAGAUCGAAAUUCAUCUAUUCUUCAAUAUAAAACCAAAAAUAAUGAAAAAUUUUACUAAAAAUCGUACGCUUAUAAAACUCGUUAACAAAAUUUUAACUGUUAAGUCUCUCUUUGAAAAGCAAAAUUUUAUUAUUACGACAAACUAAUAUUCUAAACUAAAAAGCAAUUAUCUUUCCCUAGCAAUAUAUCUCAACUGUUCUAUCGCUAAGUGCAUUGCUUUUACUUCAUCUUCGAAUCAGACCUCGAGUCGUUAAGGCUGACCAUACUGGGAAUACCUAACAGUAUGGUUCAACCUUAACCACUUUUCUUCGAAUCGCUGCGUUUUCACCUGCAAAUUCCUCGAAUAUGCCAUUUUGAUUGGUCCGCUCACGCGCCGCAACAACCAAUCAGGAUGCCGGUUUCGACCAACUCUUCACUUCAUACUUCAUCUAGGUGACCUUACGUGUGUAUAGGAGAAAAGUCUAGUUUUCAUUAUUUGUACUACCUAUAUUUUUAAGCUUUUUUGGAUGUUGAAGAGUAUUUAUAAAACAUAGAACUAGUUUAGUACCUUAGGAUAAGAAUCUACGCUAUGAUAUACUGUGUUAGUCAUUUUGCGUUGACCAUUUCAGAGAACGAGUUAUAUAGAAGUAACUAAGAUAAUCAUUACUUAUUGCCUUUUGCAUGUUAGCCUAAUGUGAUUAUUGUGUCAAACCUUAGCUUCCUAAGAACUAUUUUAAGCGCUCCUGACGGAGCUGUAGAUUAUGUUCGCACAAUUACCAUAUCAAAGACAGGUCAUUCCAUCAUGUCCUGAAACGACCUGUCCUUAUCGGAAAACUAUUUCUUAGAGUAGCUGUAACAAAACCACAGAUUUAUUGGUACUCCUAUCAAGAAGGUAAACUGACUGCCAUGAACAGCGCACUUCAACCAAACUUCCUGUGAACGUGUUAUGUAUUACUUAGCACAAAUAUGUUGUAGCCUUACGAUCAUUCCCGUAUGUACAAAUGUCUAGAUUUAGGAAAUUUCGGCAAACUGAUAUUUUGCAUUCCUUUCUUCACGUUGUUUGUUUCUCCUGAUUUCUCCACUUCGUACAAUCAUUGAUCAAACGGAAAGAAACACAAACAAGUGGACCAAAUUUUCCCAAACACUGAUCGGUGGCGGAAGUGGCCCAGUUUUAAACACCACAACCGCCACCGCUCGAGACCGCCUAUCACUUUCUUCAGCCCUGUGAUUGUCUUCUGUUCACCGAAUUCGUAUUAUUUGGGCGGAUUUCCAGAACUUUAUUAAGCCACUUAAAAACGCUCUCAAAAUCCGCCUGUAUUUUUUUACCUAAGACUGCUGUUGAACUUCUGUGAUAUAAUGUUGCAGUCACUUGUAAUAAAAUGGCCAGCAAUACGACUCUUUUCGUUCAUUGUUACAUUUCUCCUAUUUCGCGUCUUUGGACGCAAAAUAGGAAAAAUAGUAAAUUGUUACACAAGACUCUUCAAGCAAUAGUUUGUUACUUCACACCAUUGCUUGAAUGAAUGCCUUCUGCAACUUGUGUUUGGUUUUUGAACCUCAACUCUUGAGUAAAAUAUGUAUGUAAAUUAUUUUACUAGGAAAAGGACGAACUCAUGCUAAAUUGAAUUUUUUACUAAGUUUUUUAAUCUUUUUUGUUAUGAUUGUAUUACAAUGAAAGAUAUUAAAUAUAUUUAUCUCA